CGGUAACCAACUCUUCGCAAAAGGUAUUCGAGUUUGAAGGUGGAAAUGCGAAUUGGGGAUGAUACAGUCAUGACUGAUGCACCGACAGGAGGCCCACAGAUUUUUCCUGCAAUUUAAGCACCAAUUCCCAGUACUACCCUUACAGCAGAAAGAAGUUCUAGCGUUGUCGAUGAAACUUCCCAUACUUUCAGCCGUGCAGAAACAGGUAAUCCAGGACCUAAUUGCACUGCAUUCCUGGGUUCAGAAGCCUCAGUUUCUAGGUAGCAAUCGAAUGGAUUUUCAGAGUUAGUAUGGUCAUGGCUGCAGGAAGAAGACACUUGGGCUCCGAAUUUCGCCUGGAUGAUCAAGUUGAAUGGAAGAAGUAGCUACAUGGCAAAGUUUCUCUAGAACCUCCAGCUGCUCGGAAUGGUGUGCUUACAGACACAAUCCAAAGAUAUCUAAAAUACGAUGGCGCCGCUCUCGGUCGAAAUGCUCUGGGAAUUGUUGUUUCGCAGAAACUUGAUUCAUUGAACAUUGACUACGCCAUAAUGUGAGGCGCUGCCACCUGUUUGUGGAGCGUAACCCUGACUCGAAGGACUGAAGAUGAGCUUUUAAAAAUCCAGUAUAUUUCUUUAAGUUGGUUUAGCUGCUCUAUACUUGCAGUUCUAUAUUUUAUGCUUCUAUAUUUUUAUUGUCUUAUUCCCGUUUCUUGCCGCAGCUGGUAUAGUCUUAAUCUGGUUUCCUUG